AUGGACGACGGCGACCUCGACUCCGCCGCACUCUGGGCCGCCGUCGACUCCGCCGCCGCCCAGGCCUCCCGCGUCCGCUGCGCCUCCGGCGACGACGACCACCGCGGCGAGGUGCUGCAGCCCGCCCGCCCGUUCAAGUCUCCGCGACUCGCCUCCCCCUCCUACGCCACGCCGCCGCCGCCGCCCCUGCCUCUACACCCGCCUCCGACUCAUGCCUCUCCCUACACCACACUCGACGCCGCGGCGGAGGCCAGGAGCCGGCUUGUGGUCGUCGAGAGCCCGCCCCCUGCGCCCUGGGGAGUUCCCAAGGGGAGUCCCAUCGCCGCCGACGGGUGCUUGCUGCCCUCCCUCUCCGUGGCCAACUUCAGAAAGUACCAGGAGGUAGCCCUCUCGAUUUUGGAGAAAAGUGACUACACCACUAUCAGUGGGAAUCCAUACAUAAAGAAAUCAGGGUGGAGAAAAAUAUCUUGCUUCUUCAAUAUCUCAUUUGAAAUCAAGGAUCGCUCCAUCGAGUUCGAUGAUGACCGCAAUGUCAAGCGUGCUGAAUUUCUUGUUCGAGCGUCAAUGCUAGGUGGCAGGUUCUCAGAUGGUUGGGGCUCAUGUGAUCGACGAGAGAAAAGGUUUAACAAACCUAACCAUGAUAUCCCCAGCACAGCUGAAACCAGAGCUAAGAACAAGGCUUGCCAGGAUCUUCUAGGCAUUGGAAAUAACCGUCCCGGAUGAAAGACAUGGAAGGACAGUGACAAAAGUGUUUGUUCAGGUAGGACCUCUUCCAUAAAUCAAAGACUAAAACAGCGUGCCAAAGGAAUUAUUGCAAGCUAAACUGAAGGCUGCAUUUCCCUCGCAGUACAGAACACUAAAGUUGCGCCGAUGCAAGCAAAUGGAUUGUACUGAUAGUAGAGUAAUAUGUAAAUGAUUUGUGCUGUCUGGUACAUCGGUUUCUAUGUUUGAUCAUCUGUAUGGCAUAUACACUGCAACUGCAUUUUACUAGCAAUCUGGCAUUGCCUUGAGAAGUUGGUAUAUGCUAUAUAGAGGCACUUUUGGGCAUUUUGUCUUGCAUGUUGCAGGAGUUGAUUCAGGUUUCUUGAAUACUAGCGGCAGCAUGUGGUGUAGUGGGAUAUUUUGAGAGUAUCAGAAAUGUAUAUAUUCGUAUGAUGAAUA